CAGGUAUUGUGAAACAUCAUGCAUAUCGAGAUUUGACACAUAAAAACGGGGUUAUUUCAAGGAUAAUAAAAAUAUAUUGAGCCAAUAUCGAUCUCUUUUCCCUUUAAUUUUUUAUAUGCAACUAAUUAUUUUCGUUGAUGAUCUGCCAAUAAUUCUGAAAGGAAUAGCUUCAGAGGGGUAUGUUUUUGAAAUGAAGGUCCUCUUGAUUUCAUGCGUUUUGGCUUUCGUUUUCGGAAACGUACAAGCGAGCCAUAGAGAGAGAUGUCCGUCCUCGGACAAGGUCCAGCUAAUGGACCCGGAUGAACUUAGCAAAGCCCCCUUUUGUCAGAGUGACGGGGAGUGUGGACAGGAGGAGAAGUGUUGUGGAACUCCCAGCGGCCUGCGGUGUCUCGACACUGUGGACCAAGACAAAUAUACGAAAAAAGAUGACGACGAUGAUGAUGAUGAUUGUGACGAUGAAGAGAAAGGGUCCGACUACAAGAAGAGAAAAUCAAAGUGCCACCGACAUACCUACGUCCAUCCUCUGAUUAUAACAGCCAUCUUUCUUAUAGUUGUGUUGUUUAUAAUUGUUAUGUUGACUUUUAUCCGAAAGUUCUGUACACGUGCCCGCAGUAAAAUAGGAAAUUCUCGAACGGAUCUAAAUACAGUGAGUGGGGGAAUGAAAGGUCGAGCUUCAGAUUAUACCGUCAAAUCAAAGUCAACAGACGAGGAUAAACCUUGUAAAAAGGAGAAAACCCCACACACCUGGAUGGACACUGCUCCACCCCCUCCCUACUUCAUGGCACCGUCCGCUCCUCCCGCUUAUACCGUAGAUCCGCCACCCAAAUACCAACAAACUGCAAAUCAGGACGAAAAAAUUAGAUAUUGAUUAUUUUUCACGUCUAUAUUUUUCACUUUUUCACUCUUAUACUUCUUUUGUGUUGAGAAAUUAUUUUUGAAAACAUGUAUCUGUCGAUAAUAAAAACGUGUUUUAAUGGUGUUCACCGAGUAAAAUAAUUGCGAAAAGACA